CAGUCGGGUGGCUGAGAACGUGAAAAGUUGAUUUAUUUCAGUUCCUUCUUCAAUUGCCAGUGAGCCAGACGAUUAAAUUGAAAAGGGGGGAAAUGGCGCAAACUGUUAAUAGAACGUGUGGAGGAUUGAAAUUAUGCUACAAAUUUGAACAGAGCAGUGAAAAUAAUUAAUUUUAGAAAAAAUCAGAUUGAUUUGAAGGUGCUCUGUUAAAAGGGUGUAAUUUAUAAACAAGAGUAAAGUGAAAAAGGAAUAUUGUGUAGAGCCGAAAUGAGCAUCGAUUGAAAUACAUAGAUGAAGAAAGAAGUAUGAAUGAAAAACCGAAUGUGUUGAGCGAAGAAAAUUAGUAAAGUGACGAUUAUGAGUUUAUAAAAAGUGUUAAAGUAAAAGUGGAAUAAAAAUUAUUAAAGUAUAAAAAUGAAAAAUACAUAAUUGAAAAGUUAAGUGUGUAAAGUGUGAACCAAAAAUUAUUUCAACGUAUUGAACCGAAGAAGGGUAUGCAAUGGAAGAGAAGAGAAGGCGAAAAGUGCAAAACGUAUGUGAGAAGAAUGCAAACGUUGAAAAAAUUAAAAGCCUGAAGAAACAACAAUAAUAAAAACAACUCGAAGCAGCAAACAAAAAGCAAAAACAUUAGCCAGCGAAGCAGAUCCUCAAUAUCACCACCACCAAUCACUCGAUUCCAUAUAAUAGCAAAAAUAUAACACCUGCGCACACACACACAUACCCACAUAUACGCAUAAUUGAGUUCACACAUCAAAAAAAUUGAGGAAAUAAUACACGUACAUACAAAAACAAUUAUAUCGUAAGGAAAAUGAAAUGAAGUGAAACAAAAAAAAUUAGUUUUAAAAGUGUAAUAAGUAAAAAGUUAGAAAAAAGUACAAAUUACAACGAUAAGAUCAUCAAAACAACAACAAUAUAAGAAAUCAGCACAUUACACCGUAGAGCGUGCCACAAGCGUUCGUCAGCGAUCGGUGAUCAUAUGAUCAGCAACGAAAACAUCCGAGCUGUGGUUCAACAAUACAGCCUUGUGAGAGCAAAAGAAAGCGUGUGAGCGUCAUUUCCACCAGUCCAACGCGAGCGUCUAUGGGCAAACUCUGCAACACCACCACCCACCAAAAAACACCACAACUUCGUCUGGCCCUGAGCACUUUCCGAGCACAUCUGUGCGCACACUAUCAACUGGAUCCUCUGCGCAAAAAUUAACCAGCAGCCGAGACACCGUGUUAUCCUAUUCCUCGUCAGGUGCAUCCUAGCGCUGUGUGCCGCUUUACAACAACAACAACAAUAAUAACUGGAGCGCUUUGCUUUUUGUCGCCACGCUGUGUGCUCGCCGACAACAUUAUUGUCUUCUUGGUGGUGUUGGUGGCGGUGUGCCGUCGGUAUUGUCGUUGGUGUUGAUUGUCGUAGACGGUGCAGGUAUUGGCAAGUUGGCAGGCAGUUCACAACGUGAGUGGUUAAUUGAGGACAGGCACCGUAGACUGACACGCGCCCAUCGCUGUACCAACGCACCCGUACGCCCGCACGCCCAAUAGUCCAACAGCCCGCUCGUACAACUCACACACACACACUCUCAUCUAAAACGCAUUGUAACGUAAUCAAUAUAAUAUAAAAUAGAAAACAAAAUUAACCGUAAAAAGCAUCAAAAUCAUCAUAAUAACAACCAUAACAAUUACUGCCCAUUGGCUGCCUAGCUGAUUGGUUGGCUGUGCGACGGCCGCCAACGACUACAACAUUGCAGCGCUCGAAAGUAACGCAAUAUGGCAACACCGCAAGUAAAGGAUUUGGUGUUGCGUUCUCCUGCUGGCUCCUCCGAAGUCAUCACCUUCGUUUGGCCCCUACAAGUUGGCAGCGGCCAGGACAAGCACGACAAUGGCAUCGAUAUUAUCGACACUAUCAAAUUCGUGUGCGAAGAAUUGCCGAGCAUCUCAUCCGCAUUCGAAGAGAUUAAUCUCAAUCAAAUUGACACUGCCUGCUACAAGACUAUGACAAAUCUUGUCGAUCGAUUCAACAAGGCUGUUGACAGUAUUGUUGCAUUGGAAAAAGGAACUUCACUGCCCGCUGAGCGUCUUAACAAAUUCGCUCAUCCCAGCUUACUCAGACAUAUACUGCAAUUAGUUUAUAAUGCUGCCGUACUCGAUCCGGAUAAACUCAACAAUUACGAACCAUUCUCGCCCGAAGUCUAUGGCGAAACCUCAUACGAACUCGUCCAACAGAUGAUCAAGCAUGUGAAUGUGACAAACGAUGACACAUUCAUUGAUCUCGGCUCCGGUGUGGGCCAGGUGGUAUUACAAAUGGCAGGCUCAUUUCCGCUCAAAGCAUGCGUGGGCAUUGAAAAAGCCGAUACGCCCGCACGUUAUGCCGAACGUAUGGAUAUGUUUUUUCGUCAAUUUAUGGCGUGGUUCGGCAAACGCUAUUGCGAUUACAAGUUGAUAAAAGGUGAUUUUUUGGUAGAUGAACAUCGUGAGAAAAUUACCUCUUCGUCGUUGGUGUUCGUAAAUAACUUCGCAUUUGGUCCGAAUGUGGAUCAUCAGUUGAAGGAACGUUUCGCCGAUUUACGUGACGGUGCACGCAUUGUGUCUUCGAAAUCGUUUUGUCCGCUGAAUUUCCGCAUUACCGAUAGAAACCUCAGCGACAUCGGCACCAUAAUGCAUGUGAGCGAAAUACCACCACUAAAGGGUUCGGUUUCGUGGACCUGUAAACCAGUAUCGUACUAUUUGCAUACGAUCGAUCGUACGAUAUUGGAGCGUUAUUUUCAACGCUUGAAAACUCAAAAAGGUGCUGAAAACGAUCAUGUCGGCUCCACACGCACCACACGCGAUCGUGCCAAACGUGAGGCGCAUAAUCACGCGCUCAAUAAUCACCACAACCACAACCAUCAUCAUCAUAAUAACAACAACAACAGCAACAGUAAUACGCACUCAAACUCCUCCGCUGCCAAUUCGUCGUCCACGAACACAACCCACAACAGCAGCAGCAGCAACAACACGCAACGCACUAAUUCGCCGGCGGCGCAUGUCAGCAACAACAGCAGUCACGCGCAACAGUCGAACGCAUCAGCAACAACGACGACGUCGUCGGCUGCAACGUCCAAGACUACGAGAAAUCAACAACAGCAACAACAACAACGUGAACAGCAGCAAGCACAACGCAACAACUUGGACAUGGACACAUCGACAGAGAGCGAAGCUGAAGGCGACGUGGCAAAUGGCAGCGCAACCGGUGGCACCGCCAACGGACCGACCACACGCAAAAUCUGGUCCGACUGGUGCAGCAGCUCGAAGGGCAAGUCGUCGCAAUCCGACGAUGAGGAGAAUAAUAAUAACUUUAGAAAUACGGUCACGGCGACGGCGCGUAAUGCACGCACCGUUCCACAGAAAAAGCGCAAAAAGCUUACGCGCAAAGCGGCAAUUGCCAGCAAGAGUGCAGCUGCAGCGGCAGCGCAACGAGAAGCGGCAGCUGCUGCACGUGAGGCGGCAGCGCAAGAGGCCGCAAUGGCAGCCGCUGCGGCGAAUAGCAAGGACUCCUCGUCUAAGGAGGAUGGUGGCGCUGGUAGUGGUGGUGGCGGGGCACGCGGUCGCAAAGGCCGCAUGAAGAAGGGUGCACGCGGACGCAAAUCGUUAAAGAUCGCUGGUUUGGAUGUGCUGCACAAGCAGACGCUGUUGAGCACGUCGCACGAGGUGUUGAGCAAAAAAUUGCCAGCGGCGCCGGGCUGUGUGGAUCAACAGCUGACGUCACUGCUCACUCGCAAUAUGACACAUACGGAGCUGGAAAUUCCGGAAGCGCCCCAGGAUACACCUUACGCGCUACAAAUUUUAUUGGAUGUCUUCCGUACGCAAUACAUGGCCAUGAUCGAGCAGAUGAAGGCGAAAUCGUUUGUGCCAAACAUUAAGCGUCAAAUACAAUUAGAACAGGAACGCAAACAACGCAUUAAGAAUCGCGCCAGUCAGCUGGACAAGCAGAUCAAGGUGCUGAUCGAUGACAGCGUAAUGUUGCUGAAGGCGCGCAUGAAUGAGUUGGGUAUCAAUGUCACCUCUCCCAAUGAUCUAAUCACAAAGGCUAAAGAGAUUGUCGGUCGACAUAAGGAGUUGCAAGGUAUAGCAAAGAAAAUACAAUCGCAAGUGACGACCUGUGAAUUGGAGCAGAAACGUUUGUUGAAGAAGCACCUACAGCAUUUACCAGAAUAUCAGAAGACUUGUGGCAAUAAUGGACGUACCAAGGUUGAGCUGCCGAAUGGCGGCAACCCAAUCGACCUGAGCGAAACUGCUGCGCACGAAUUGGUGCUGAAGGAGAUCGCCAAUACAUUGGCGCAACGUAAAAAGUUAUACGCGCAAGUGUCAAGUAUUGAGAAAGAGGCGGCGCUCUUGGAGAAAGCAGCCGAAGAGCGGCGCACAGCAGCAGCGCUACUUGCACAGGGCACCAAUAUGACAUUAGCUAACACAACAGCAGUAUCAAAUAGUGCGCCAACAAUGAUGCCCGCCACGCUGAUAUCGGCAGGUGCAAGCGGCGUCACGCAACCGCUGCAGUUGACGACGACGAGUGGCGCGUCGGCAGGCGGUAAUGCAGUAUCGAAUAGUGCACCCACAACGCCAAGUAAAUCCGCGACAAACGCGACAUCAAAAACACCGCGUCGUAGUCGCGAUCAUCGUACGCGUUCGCAGGAGUGGCCUGAUGUACCGGACGUAGGCAAAAUAGAGGAAAGUAAUCCAGAAGUGCUAGCACAAAAGAUACUGGAGACAGGGCGUCAGAUCGAAGCGGGUAAAUUUUCAGCCGCGACUGGCACAGGAAAUGCAUACACCAACGCUAUGGCCGGUAUUGGCGUUUCCAGUGGCAAGCAACUUGCCUUGUCGACAACUGCGCAUCACCAGCAUCUCACCAAUAACAAUAUAGCCCAAUAUCAUGACGAGGCUCUGACGACACCGUCAAAGAAGAAACAGCAUGCGCGCAGUUCGAGCAACGAACACCUACCGUCGGUGUCUAUUUAUGUGGCCGACAGUAACCUGAUGCCGGCGCCUACAGCAUCCAAUAAGCAGCAGCCGCAACAGCAACCCUCUCCCGUAAAUGGUAAUGGAUUGCGUGGUGUUGCCGGCUUACUGCCAAAAUGCGAGUUGCCUGGUGCGCGCAAGUCGUCAAUGUCCGCCGCUGCUUCCGGUGGCAUACAGGAAUCACCUAAAGUGGCUAACUUUGAAGAUCGCCUUAAGAGUAUCAUCACCUCUGCGUUGAAUGAGGAUCAAGAACAUCGCAAAGCUGCCGCGCAUCAUAUGCCCGGCUCAUCAGCCGGCCACGACUUGAGCCUUCACUCAUCAACACAGUCGUUAGUAUCGCAACAACCGGGUUCGCUUCAAUCAUCGCCAGCACCAAAACGCAGUAAGCACACUGCGUCAGCGUCUUCUAUGAACAACUUAAAUCAGCAAGCACACCCACACCAGCAAAUGCAAAUGCAUCACCAACAACACCCACAUCAUAAUCAUUUGCCGCCGCUACCACCACAGGCCAUGCCGCCAAACAAUCUGAACAACCUCAUUACCGUUGCCACUCAGGGUCCAACACAUUUGAAUGCUACCACCACCAUAUCACCAAUAACACCACCGCCGUCCAUUGGCAACAGCCAAUAUGGCAGCAGCGGUGUGGGCGCCGGAAAAUAUGGCGGCGGCAAGCAACAGUCUUCCGCUGCGUCUGGCAGCCAUAAAGGUAGCGCUGCCAAGUACCAGCAACAACAGAAUAAUGCGCACUUACAGCAGCAACAACAACAACAACACAUGACACACUUACAACAACAACACCAGCAACAGCAGCAACAACACGCACACUUCGGUUCGGCCGUGGGUGCUGGCACUUCACCAGCCGAUCUGGCCUUCCAUCAUCGCCGUCGCAGCUCUGUAAGCGCGGCCAGUUUCGAACAUUACGCUGCACAGCAGCAGCAACAACAACAUCAGCAAGCAAUGAUGAUGGCUGCCGCAGCAGCUGCAGCGAGCAGCGCGUCAUCACAACACCUCGCCAGCGCCAAUCACCAACAUCUAAUGCCACCGCUCGAAUUCAAAGCGCCCACCGUUACAGCAGAAAAUCUCAUAUUGAAUGCGUCGCAGCGUUCCAACAGUCGCGAACAACUCGUCGAGGAAAUGGUGGUCGCACCACGUUCCAGUUCGGCCAACUCCGAUUCGGCCAUUAUGUACUACCCACCGACACGCGAUCGCCUAAUGUCGCUAGAGCGCAGUAAUAGCCGCGAAUCUGCGGUCUCGCAACCGUUGCCGCCACAUCAUACGAACAGUGGCAGCGGCGGCAGUAGCGGGCAACAAAUGUUGCCGCAACCCAGCCGACCAAGCUCAAACUCAUCACAGCCAGAUUAUACACAAGUCUCACCGGCAAAGAUGGCGCUUCGCCGCCAUCUCUCACAAGAAAAACUUAAUCAACAAAUGCCGCCUGCUGGCGCCAUGUCCGGCUUGCCGCUAUCCACAAAGACCAUUGGCGAUCUGGUGAAUGGUGAAAUCGAGCGCACGCUUGAAAUAUCGCAUCAGAGCAUUAUAAAUGCGGCGGUGAAUAUGAGCACAGUUGGUGCCCCACCGCCAAUUACCGGCGCCACUAACGUCGGUGCCAACAAUUACGUGGACCGCGCGGCGCACGAUCGUUUGCUAAUUAAUCCGAAUGCGCAACGUCCCGAGCGCGUGCACGUGCGUGUGUUCGAUGAGCAAACGCCGCCCACACAUGUGCAAGGCAACGCUGUCGACGUGUCGCCACGCACUAUUGGUGCUGGCAGUGGGCGAAAGUCACCGCCGACAACGCCAACGCAGUCCUCACACAAUAUGUCUUCGCUGGCACAUGUCGCAUAUAAUCACAAGACUGCGACUGGUGGCACAGCAACGGCAGCGCCUCCUAAUAGUGGUCGCGUCAAUAACAGCAGCGGUGGCUAUAACCCCUCACUCUAUCAGCAAAUGGCGAUGGGUGGCGGCAAUAGCAAUGGUAGGGAAGCGACGAAUGCCCGUCUUGCUGCUACCGGUAAUGUUGGCGGUGCAGUAAGCGGCUCGCGCAGUCGCGACUACCAGCCGGUUAGCUUACCACGCGCCGAAAUGAAGGGUUGCAUCGAGGCGUAUUUCAAUGAUGAGCAACAUCAUCAGCAGCAGCACCAACAACACCAGCAGCAACAGCAGCAUCACAAUCAUCAAACACACUCGCACAAGGCAGGCAGCAAAGAGCGCAACAAUGGACGCGGGAAUCGUUUGAACGGCAGCAAUCCACCAUUGGAGGGUCUGGCAGCUUCACUGCAGGAUCACGUUAUGGCCUCGCGCAAAUACAAGGAAGAACAUGAAGAGCGUCAGCGGCGGGCUGCCGCAGUGUCCAACAACAACAGCGACAUGCAUAAUCAACACCAUCACCAACAACACUCUCAUCAGCAGCAACAACAGCAACAGCAAUAUGCGCAUAGCCAACAACACCACUAUCAAGCACAGGCGACACAUGGUCACAACAACAACGCCACGCCCAAUAAGGUGGAAAUCGGCGUGAAACGCACUUCGCCCAUGGCAAAUAAUCAACAGCCACGACCCGCUAAGAUGGCCCACUACAACGACAAUGCGGUUGCGCACAACCAGCAACUACACCAACAUCAACAACACCAUCUAACCAACAGUAAUCCAUACGCCAAUAUGAAUGGCGUUAGCAGUAGCAGCAACAGUGGCGCCAUCUCAUCAUCGGCGACAGGUGCACAUACACAACCGCAGUCCUCACUGUCGCCUUCUUGUCGACGCAAUGCGAAAUUGCCACUCGAACCGCUGCUAAUGAGUCCGGAAAUCAACUCGAUAAUGAGCGGUGGAGCUGCUGCUGGCGGCGAUGAGCGCCCCUUGCAGUUGUCAGCAACGGCAGCGAAAAUGUCGCGCCAACAGCAGCAGCAGCUACAACACGAACAGCAAUCACGCACAGCGACCACGCCGCAUAGUACAACACCAAUCGUGGGUGGACGCGCCGGUGAUGAUGAUGAUGUCAUCGCCGACGAUGAAACACACUGGCAACAUCGGGUGAGCUCCGGCUUCGAUCGCCUAGUCGCCUUCGCCUCCACCGAGCUGGAUAAGACGCGGCGUUCUAUUGACACGGACAUAGUGCCGUCGUCGAUCAGCUGCAACACUUCGCCCGAUUCGGGUAUUACCCACAGCAGCAGCAGCAAUUCAGAUACGGCGCGCACAUUUCUCUCCACCUCGUCGACGUCCUCGCAACUGGACAUGCCUAUGAGUAGCGGCGGCAGCAGCGCUGGCAGCACCAGCAGUUCAAGCGGUUGUAGUGUGAGUGGCGCUAGCGCCAGCUCCGGCGGCAGCGGUGUCAAUAGCUACAUGCAUGGACACCUACACCAUCAUCAUCAUCAUCAUUCGUUGUUGUUGCAUGCGCAUGGCAAUGGCGGUGGCGGUGGGGGCACCGCUAGCAGUCACGCUUCAUCAUCAGAUCACCUUAGCGAUAGCAGCAUGAAAUCAACGCAUUCCGAUGUCGCUUCUAUGCCGCCGAUAACGCUGCUGAAGGCGAACUCGACAUCACCGGUUGACGCGAGCGCCAUUGAUAGUCCGCCGCUCUCUGAUAUCGGCUUGCCGCGCACACCCAGUCCGAAUGCGGCCGUGCCGACACCACCCUUGGCCGCAGCUAUGGCGGCAGCGCAUAGUGUCACACCUACGCCGACACCAACACCACCGGCCAACGCCGCUGAUCCCUAUGGCAAUAAUACACUCAAGAUACCCUUAAAAUAUCAACGCAAAUCGAAGUCGUCAUCGGAGAAGCAUUAUAAGAAGAAAUUCUGCGAACGCAAUUGGGAAUACGAUUGUGAUGAUCUGUUGAUGCCAUAUGCGAAUAAUAACAGUAAUGAUGCCACCAACAGCACGGUGAUUGAGGGAUCAACAGCGAACGAUGCGGUUGGCAAAGGAAUGGCUGGCGUAAUGAAAAAUGGUCCCACAACAUUUGCUAAAACGAAUGGCGGCGAGACGAAGAAAUCCCAUCAAACGAGUCCUGAAAAAUCGCCAAAGCGUCAGCAACAACAACACCAACAGAAUUCUUCCGAGGUGAACAACACUAAAUCCGCCGAAACACUCAAUCAUAAUCACAACAGCAACAACAAUCUGUCAUCGACUACAUCGGCGACGACGGCGACAAUGCAAAAUCUUUCGCAGCACCACCAUCAUCAUAAAUCGUCGAAAUUUCGACCGAAAGGCAAGGAUUGGGACUGGUCCAUGGAUAGCAGCAACAGCAGCAGCAAUGUGAACAUCAAUAGCAGCAGCAAUAGCGGCGUCACUGGCGGUAACAGCAGCGGCAACAAGUGCAAAGCGGACGUAGGCGCCGCAGCAGCGGUGUCCAUAGCCGCGCCCACAACAACCAAUGUUAGUUAAGUUGAAAAUGUUGCAUAAUUUUUCGUUAUUUUUUUGUUUGAAUAUUUAUGAACUUGUUCUGAGCACAUGACACUUGUAGCCUCUACACAAUCGGUCGUCUGUUGACAGCAAUCGGCAAAACAAUAGCAACUAAUGUUAAUUUAUAUAUUUAUUUUGUAAUUUAAUUAAGACACAAAAUGUUUAAAUUGUAUCAUAAAUUUCGUUCUCGUUGAUCGCUAUUAAUUUUACUGUUAAGUUAUAAAUUUAUUACAGUUAAAACGCUGCUUAUUUCAAUUAAGUCAAACUUUUUGUCCCAAGUGAAAAAUAAUCUACAAUUUGUACAGUUAUUUAAACGUAAACUUACUCGUUAAUUUAAAACAUUUUUUUUUUAAUAAUUUUUGGAUACUUGGCUGAGUGUAUUCAAGCUACAGUGUUUGUUAGUCUUUUUUUCAAAAUGUUUUGCUUAAAAUUUUAAAAUUUAAUUGCAAAUUAUGAAAUAUUUGAAAAGUGUGAAGAGCUUAGUUUAGAGAAACGCCCUAACACGCCUAAAAAACUGGGUUCGAUGUUAAAAAUAAAAAAAAAAAAACAUUUUUUUAACAUCUGACAAAACCACUUGUUUUAGCACAAGUUUAGCAAAUGUUCUCGCCUACAGCUGUAUUUUCGAAGCUUCGAAGAGUUUUUCAAGUAUUGAAAGAAGCUGAAAAUUUAUAUGUGAAAAUGUUUGUUAAAAGUUUACAUAUAUUGCUGUUGUUGUCUUUUUAACUCACUGACAUACAAAAAGUUUCCUUUCCAUUGGGGUCUUAUCACACAGUUUGGCGGGUCCUAAACCCAGCUUACAACCCUGGUGAGGGAUGGUUCGCCUUCUCCCUUUAGCUCGCCUUCAAACUGAUGUUCUUUGGCUACCCUGAGAAUACUUAGUCGUGAGCUGCUUCAGUCAUAUGUAAAAUAAUCGUUUCUGACCAGUCCCAAGUGAAUGGCGCUUUGAGAACUUUUCUCACUUGCAUGAGCUUCUACAUACGACUUUAUCCUCCCGGCUAUAACCGCUUACGAGUUGUCUACGCCAAUAAAGGAGAAGGCAUAAAAUAUUUUCAUAUUUUGCUUUAAAUUUAUAAAAUUUCGAAUUUGAAACUAAACUUCUAUUGAAAUAUUUGCAAUAAUUGUUUUUUUUUUUUAUUAUUAUUUUUAUUGAAAAAUAGUUUUAAUUAAUAUUUUAAUUUUUGUAUUUUUUGAAAUUGUAUUUGAAUUUUCUAAUAUCAUCUAAUAUCGUUGUUCAUUUGAUAACUUACUAUGCGCUAUAGCUCGCUAAAGUUUUCUGCAUAAGAAAAAGUAUAAGUUUUUUCCUUAAUGUCUGUGUAUGUGUAGAAAAAGUUUUUAAUUUCCAAUUUAACGUUUGGAAUAUGAAAAUUACACCAACAACACGCGCCAACCACUUCGUGAAUGGUAAGGUAACUGAACGAUGUUUUUCAUUAACAUAAGUUUUUGACAAAAAUUAUUGUUUUUUAAAGUAUUUUUUUUAAUUAAAUUGAAUUUUAUUAAUGUACUUUUUUUUAGUUUUAUUUAAAUUAUUUUUUUUAAUGCAAUUAUUAUACUUAUUUUAUUUUAUAAUUGAAUUAUAAUAUUUUUUUUUAUUUUUUUAUUUUUUUAUUAUUAUUAUAUUUUUUUUAAUUAAUAACUUUUAUAUUAUAAUAAAAGGUUUUUUUUUUGUGAUUUUAUUUUUAAUUUUCACCGCGGGGCGGAUUGUGACAAUUACUUUUAACUGCGUUCACUUAAAAAAUAAUUUGUCAAGCUUAAAUUGUAUUAUAUUUUUUGAACACUUUGUUUAUUUUUUCUGCUGGUUUUAUAUUUGUUGAUAUGAAAUGUUUUUUCACACAGUUUGCUUUGCACAGUUUAAAAUUUAUAUUUGAAAUUAUUCGUUAUUUUAAUAAAACUUAAUUAUUAAUAUAUUAAAUUUGUUUUUUUUUUUUAAUUGUGUUGCAUAGCUUAACAGCAUUUGCCACAUUUUUAUUUGUGAACAAUUAAAGAAAUAUUUAAUGAAACGAAAUUUAAAUGACAAUGCUAAUUUACUUUAAAUUUAACAUUUUAAUAAAAGAAAUUAUUAAAAUUAGUGAAAAUUUGUUGUUAAAUAAGUCUGAGGAUAAAAAAAAAAUAUUUUUGGAAAGAACAAUUUCAGCAACUGUAACGAACGCAUUGAAAACGAAGCUUUUGCGCUGAGUUGCUGAUAAAAAAUUUUAAUAAAAAAUAUGUAAAGCAUACUUUUUUGCAAUAAUUUUUUUGUUUUUUGCUCUUUUUUUUUUAUGAAUUGUUAAGCGACGACAGAUUUUAUGCACAUGCGCAAAGGCAUAACGUUAUGUAUGUAUAUAAGUAAUUUUAGAUUUAAAAACCGAAAUAAAUGAAAACAAUUUUAGCAUGAAAAAAUGUUUGCAAGGGAAGCUAAAACAUAUAUUGUAUAUUAAAUGAUAAAAACAAAAUAAAAAAUGUUAAAAUUAAAAAAUGAGUUAAGCGCAACGCAGGCAAUGCAACGGUAAAAAGUUAUUUAAUGACAAAUGUACGCGUAAACAGUUUAAGCAAAUUGUAAUAAUAAUAAAUAUAUAUACACACAGAUAUAUACAUUUGUAUAUAGUAACCAUGUAAUGUAAUAUAAAUAUAGAAAAAGUAAAUGUACUGUAAAAUGCAGCAACACUUGUAAUACUAAAUAAUAAUAAUAAUGAGCAGUAACGGUAAAUAAAAUGUAGGGAAGGAAUUAUGCAAUUUAGUUAAAUAAUAUUUAAAAAUAAAAUAUGGUAAUUAAAAAUAAUAAUAAUUAAAUACUAGCGGAAAAGUAAAUAAACAUUUAAUGCAGCAACAUUAAUUUAACACAUAAUUAUUAUAUAAUACUAGUAUUUAUGCAACAUUAAAACCGAAACAAACUUAAAACAAAGAAGAGCGUAAAUUUAAUGCGAAAAACAUGAAUUUUAGGUUAAGUGCAACCGGCAAACAAUUCACGUUCAGGAAAUGAAAAAUUAAUAGUUCUUUAAUUACAACAACAAUUACAAUGUAUUAAAAAUGACAAUUUAUAAACAGCAAAUAGCAGUUACAAUAUUAAAAUAAAGAAAAUUUAAUUUAAAUUUAAAUAUUAUUACACUCGUGGUACAGUUGUUUCGAACGAAUGCAAAUGCAAAUGAAUAAACAAAUACAGUAACAACAACAAAUAAUGAUGGCAUUUAAUUAAUUUACAAAAUACAAGUUAGCAACGUAAACAAACCCAAAACGAAGAGUAUUUACGAAUUGAAUAAUUGAAUUUUUAACAAAGCAGUCAAAGCUGAAAUAAAAUUAAAUGGAAUAUAAUAAAUAUACGUAAAUAAAAAGAACAUACUAGUGUAGAAAUAGGUGAAGUAGUGCGAAGGUAAAACAAAUUUAAUUUAAUUUCUCGUUAAAUGCGUGCAAAUCCAAUCAACGCACGAAUAAUUUAAGCCACACUUCGUUAGGAGCGGCGAUUCGAGCUUUCGCUCUCUUUCUCUCUUUAAAGUGUGCUUUAUGCCAGACUGGGGCACAACACUUCAGUUUUACAGGCAACGGGCAAACGAUUUUAAUACAAAAAUGGUGCUUACGAGUUUGCUUUUUUGUUUUUUUUUUUUAAUAAAAAGUCAAUAAGAGUAAAUGAAUAUCCGCUUUGAAAGGGCAGACUGUUAAAAAGGUAUUGCAAUCAAUAGAGAGCGCAUAAACUUGGGCGGCAGUGCACUUGAUUUGGUGAUUCUAAGCGUGCAAUUAAAACUCAAGCGGGGCUGUAAGAAAGCUUUUCAAGAACUUUCUUUCUGAGAAUUUCGCAUGGAUUGUAAACCGUAAAUUAAUAUUUAUAUAAAAAUAUACAUAUAUAUAUUGAAUAUGUUGAAAUUGAUUUUUGUUUUCUUAAUUGCCCCAUUUUUCUAAUAUUUUAUAUCCCUUCCAUCAUAGAUUUUGGAUAUUGGUGCAACUUAUUUCACUUAUCACUAUUAUUUAUUAUUUUUAUUGAAGUUAGUCAAACUAUUAGUUUAACUGGACCCAAACAUCUACAAUUAGUCACAAAAAUUAGUAUACACUGGAGUUCGUAAAAUAAAUACACUAACUAUGGAAAAUUUAGUGGAUAUAUUGGAUAGUCGAAAAAGUCCUUUCGUAUUUCUAAUCAAAUUUCAACUUAUUUUUUUUUUAAUUAAUACUAAAAAAUUAAUAAAGAAGUAUCUACCAUUUUGGUCGACCAUUUUUGGCAUUUUUCCGCUAGAGAAAUUAUUCCAUCAGUGUAAACCGAAAUUUUGAAAUUUCCAGAACGGAAGCGAGCGAACCAUUGUUGUGCUAUACGAACUGAUACAGCAUCGUCUGCGUAAACUUCACAAAUUUCAUUGGUAGCUUGCGUGGCAUUCUUCCUUUUUUAUACAAAAAUUUCAAAGUAUAGCGAAUUUCUUCAUUAUUUUCACUCAUUUCUGAACAGUUGUAAAUUUUUUUCAACUUCCCCGAUUUUCUUUUGGUUAAAUGGAGCUUAAAAUCUCACCUUUGCAACACUCUAUGGUAUGACAUAAUGUGAUAUUGGUAGCAGUGGAGAUAUGCAGCUGAAACGACAUCUAUUGACAAAAUACGAAAAGACUUUUUCGACUAUCCAAUAUUUGCAUUUUUUACGCACAUUUGAAGAUGGAAAUCUUAUUGACUACAUUUGAACAUAAAUUAAUUCAUUUAUUUAACACUAAGCCAAAAAUAAAACAAAAAACUGUAAUUAUUGAUAAAUUCAGGUCACAAAAUUGAGUAUACACUCAAUGGAAAAUAACAAUUCACUUAACUUUUUUCUUUAAUUUUAUAGGCGGUGGGUCCACCUGACAUCCGCCUAGGCAUCGAUUCCACUAGUUUUUUAUUUUUUUUUUUGUAAAAUUAGGUGAUAUUUCGCCCCAUAUCUUGAUAAUCUCCUUUUUUAGUUCUUCUUUGGUACGGGGACUGGAUUUUUUCAGCUCAGAUUUCAUAUCUCCCAUAAGUGAGUGCUCUAUGGGGUUCAUAACAUAGGAUUGUGGUGGAGUCUUAAGCUCUUUUGGAGCGUUAUGAAGCAACAGUUUUUUGAUUAUCAUCACUUUAUGUUUUGGAUAGUUGUCUUGUUGGAACCAAAACACAGACGGUAGCUGUAUUCUCCACGCUUGCAAGUAAAUUGCACCUCAGUAUAUUCAAAUAAAUCUCCUUAGUCAUAUAAUAUUCGUUUGUACAGUUAUACAGAUAUCGUUAUACACGAAGAUUCAAAUAUAUUCGUAUUCAUACGUAUGUAUGCACAUAUGGACUUUCGUCUCACAUGGGUAAAGUCCGGUUAGGGUGGUUAUCUGAACAAAUAUAGUUUGCGAACUUACCCGCAUAUUCGGACUCAAGUGCAUUUGAAUAUCUGAAUUUCAAUACGGUUUGAAAGCGCACGUGGAUAAAAUUGGGAUAGUUUGGAUAUACGAUGAUGCGUAUAUAUUAGGGUGUUUUUUUAUGAACUAUUAAUUUUUUCAAUCCCAUCAUGAAAUUCUCUUGGAAAUGCCCUAAAAAAAUUCUCUGAAAAUUUGAGGACCGGGGCAUGUAAACAUUGUCCAUUGAAAAUACACGACAACCGUGAUUUUUUAUCUUUAAAUUUCUAUAGUUCAGAGGCAUUUUAUGGCAUCGCUUUGAAUUUAGACACAUAUUCCUCAGAAUUGAACACUCUACAAAAGUGCCCAUAGCGCCAAAGUCGAAACUCACACCGGCGAGGUAGUAAGGGGCUCUAAGCCUGAUUUUUUCACGAAACUCGCGUUUUUUGUAUAUAUUUCGUAAAUGACAAGAGCUGUAGAAAAAAUGUGCAUGACAAACUUGUAAUAAAUUUUAUUUGCUAAAAAUAAGGUCCGAGGUCAAAAUCACUAUCAUUAAUACUUCUCGAGAUAUUCGGCUUUUUAAGUAAGGCUUUAUAGAAUUUUCAUAGAUGGUAUGUAAUAAAAAAUCUUCGCUGCCUCUUCAUCGCUUUACGAUACUUCGCGGAAAAAUGGGUGAAGCAAGACCAUCUUCAAUUAGAUUUAAAACAGGUAUAAACGGUGAUUUACUUAUAGCAACCGGAAUAUUUUGUUCAGGUUUGUUGCUUUGACCCGUUUCACCUUAAUAAUGACGAAUACUAGAGCUG